AUGCCUGACCCGAUAUCUCUUGUCACAGCCAUCACUGGCAUUCCGGGCAUAUUCAAGUCUUGUGUGGAUUGUUUCCAGUAUGUCCGACUCGGUCAGCGCUUCGGGAAGGACUACGGCAUCUGCCUAGCGAAGCUAGAAGCCGCGCACAUUCGCCUGACACGUUGGGGGGAGCCCCUCGGUCUUCUACAGGAUAAAGUCAAAGUACAAGGUUCAUUUAGUGAUGAGGAUAUCAUUCGAGCAUAUGAAUUGCUUGCGCUGAUUGAGGCUACUUUUGAAGAAGCGCAGGAGGCCGCAGCCAAGUAUGCUGAUAGUAGGAGGAAGAAGGGCAAAGACAAGGACCUGGAACUCAUCGACGAGGAGCACAUGGGGUUAGGAGGCUCCAUCAAACUUCUCGUAACAUCGCUGAAGUCCGUUUCCAAGGAGCGGCAAAGGAACCUCAGCUUGCCGCGGAAGAUCACCUGGGCAUUGUACGGCAAGGACGGCUUUGACUCCUUGAUCGGAGAUAUUGUUGCGCUCACCAGCAACCUUAUGGAGCUUUUCCCAUCAAACGAGCGGAGGAUGAAAGAACUUUGCCAAGAGGAAGUCAACAACUUGGAUGAUGAAUGUGUCUUUGAACUAGGCCGGGUACUCCAGAACGACGAUAAGAUGCUCCCAAAUACGGACGACGCGAUGAUGAGCGAGACGAUUCGCGUCCAUGUUGAGUCACACCGACUUCAAUUUCGCAACGUCAAUAUUGACGGCCAAGGAAUCACCCGCUUAGGAGACACAUACGGCUAUGGAUCUGGCGUGAAGCCAAGCGACGUCAGCAUUGAUGGUAUGACUAUCAGAGGCAGUGGUUACACUCAAGCAGGCCAUGUUUUUCAUGGAAAGUAA